AUGAGUUGCAGUGCAGAAAGGAGGGAAAUGGAGAAUGGGGUGGGAGAGAGUGUAGAAUUAAGAGUGCAAGAGAAAGUGGAAGAAAGGAAGAUAGAGGAGUUGCGGCGUGGGAAUGGGGAAGUGGAGGGCAAGGGUUGUGGAGUGAAGGUGAGGGAAAGGUGGGAGAGAGGUGGGGGUGUGAGAAAGGGAGAAAGGAAGUGGGUGAGAGUACAAAAAAUGGAGAGAGAGAAGUUGGAUGAGUGUGGGAAAGGGAAGAAGAAAAAGGGAAGGGAAGGGGUGCAAGGUAGAGGAGGGGAAAGGAGAAUGAUGUGGGGAAGGGAAGAAGAGAAGGAGUGA